CAAAAUGACAAUACUAUGGCGCGACGUGAUAACUCUCUCAUUUCAAGCGUUAAUUAUAUUAGCAAUUCUACGCAUUCAGUUCGCUCCCCAAUUAAAAAUUUAUGUGAAAUAAAUCGCAAUGUCAAUACAUCGCAGUUAAUAUCUUCAGUUGGUUAUGAAUACUUAAGAACUUUUGCUACAGAGUUGAGAGAUGGCGGAAAUCAACAAAUUAUGAAACAACGUGGUUUCCAGCUUAUCAAUCCUACAGAAAAAUGGUUCCCAGGAAUUGGUAACUUAAGAACAGAAUUCAAAUCUUGGGAGUGGAUAUAUGGUAAAACACCAAAGUUUUCAGUUGAAAAGGAGAUAUUCUUAAAAGAUCAGGAUAAAGAACAUAAAAUGGUUCUUAAUGUACAAGUGGAAAAAGGUCUGAUCCACAAUGUAACUAUUACGAUGCCAAAUCGAGAGCAACUACCGGUGGUAUCUAGCUUACAGCGCAAAUGUUACAAUGAAGAAAACUUAAGUAAAAUUAUAAAUGCUCUUAAAUUGGCAUCAACCGACAACAUAAUGCAAGCUAUAAACCGCCAUUAACAUAAUUGUAUAUUUUCUUAAUUUGCAAAUAAACUUAACCAAUAAUUAGUUAAAAUGAUUAUUAAA